CCCUUUCCUUUCCUAACACAGGAACAGGACAACCAGGCUGGGGAGAACAUGGGUGACGGGGCGGGUGAGCCCAGGUCGGACUUGCAGGAGCUCCAGUUCAAGUCCAACGAGGUGACAGAUGACACCCUCGAGUCCACCCGGCGGAUGCUCUCCCUCUGCGAGGAGUCCAAGGAGGCAGGCAUCCGCACCCUGGUCGCUCUCGAUGACCAGGGAGAACAACUGGACCGGAUCGAGGAGGGAAUGGACCAGAUCAAUGCCGACAUGAAGGAAGCCGAGAAGAACCUGACGGGGAUGGAGAAAUGUUGUGGCCUGUGCGUCCUCCCGUGCAACAAGCCGGGUCUAACACGGUGAGAGUCAACAUGGCCAACGAGAGGGCCGGCUCAUUGCUGAAGAACGCAUAAGUGAUGGGUGGGGCCACCUUGCCUCCCCCCUCCCCCUCCACCCCCCACCCCUGCCACACCUCAUCCAGAGCCAGCACACCACCAGCAGGAUGAGCAAAGAGUUGACUGAGUGCCACACCAGGUGAUGGGCACACCAAAAAUUGGUGCCAGAAGAGUUUUUAUCUUGGUCAUCAUUUCUUUAUCUAUUUGUUUCCUCUGAGGGCAUGUCAUGGCUGCCGACCCCAGAGCUCCUGUGCCAGUGUCUCUCAGUAUUGGGAUCAAUCCAGAAUUUUUUAGGGCCUCCCGAAGGCUUUGUGAUAGCAGGAGAGAGAACGGCAGGAGCAGUGGGGCAGAAAGCCUGCCUGAGGGUCGGGUGUGGGCCUGAUGGGCCCACACCCACCUGCCAGGGUGUGCACUGCCCACACCUGCCACACCAGGGGUGGUGUGCCUCCCCUGGGUGCUGGGUGCGGUACAGAGAUGACCAAGCAGAGCCGUGGAGGUGACGAGCCCCCCCUCCCCCCCGCCUGGAGGCUGGCUCCCAGGGGGGGGUGGAUGUAGGGCACUGUUAAACACUUGUCCUUGUCUAAAGUCUUGAAAAUUGUUUUUGUUAUUGUUGAAAAUGAAAUUUGUUAAUUUUGUAGAUAUAGCCUACAACAUGCAAGCAUAAUGUGGAAGCAAGUCAUCCUAUGGUCAUGAGUUUUUGUGGAAUCCUUUACAACCUUCCUCCCCAAGAGUCAGUGACUCGUGACCUUUAUUGCACCUGGAUUCUUAGAGCUGUUGAUCAUUAUUAUGUGAACAUGAAUCAUUCAUAUAGUACAUAGAAGUGUUAUGUCAAUAUUAUUCUUUAUAUUUUGAUUUGACCAUUCCCUUCCCCAGGCUCCCAGCUUUCCCGUCUCAUUUUGUCCGAGCAUGACCGUUGUUUCCCUUUGUCAGCCGUGUUGUCAUGAGCCUCUGCGGCUUCACCCACCACCGGCGUCUUGGUGAGGUGAGAGGAAACUUGGCCACUUCCUUGUGACAACACUGCUUUCAUGAGAGUUCAGUCUAGAUGCUUCUUAAGAGAAUUUGGGAGGCAGCAGUGAGUGGUGCCAGCUUCCCAUCACUCACUCACUCCCUCUCUCCCUCCCUCUUUACUUUUUUUCAUCUUGUAUUUUACCAAAGACACAUCAUAUUCCUUGACACCACAGCUGCUCUGCUCUACUCAUUACACUUUCCAGUCCUUUACUAUGCAAAAAACUCUUCAUUUACUUUCCUUACAAUUGUGUACACUCAUCCGUCAUCUGUCACUAGUGCACAAUUUUAAAAAGGAGGUAUUGUUUGAGAGUAUCUAAACCAGAAGGAUUCACUCGUCCUGAGGAGUUGUUAUCUGUUUACAUCAUUAGGCUCAGCCAGUCCCGGCUGCCCAAUGGAGUCACAGGUUUUCAUUGACAAACUUGCCAGAAGACAGAGUGUGUUGUAGAGCGUGUUUGGAGCUUUCAUUGGGGACAUGACUGACGUUUCUUGAAUGCUUAACUCUUAAGGUACAGUUGUUACAAUUCCUAUGGACCAAUUUUUUCAUGAUUCAGUGACCAGAGAAAUGUUGUUUAUUGAUUUUAUUAUCUGUGUCACACGUGUUAUAAAAUGUGCAGAUGUGAUUCUGGUAACAUGAAGCUGAAUUGUUUUCAUUGUAUGCAAAACUGUUAAACCAUGAGUGGAGUGGCAUCUCCUUGGAUUUUUUAUAUUCAUCUUCAGACUUUAAACUGUUUUGUUCAAGCUCCCGGAGUUUUCAACAACCAAGGUCAUACAAUGAAACAUUUCUCGUCAGUAGAUAACUACAGUCAUAAAAUUUUGGCUUUUGAGACGUUUCCUCAUCUGCUGAGUCAACACUGGUGUUGGUGGCUUUCAUUACGGUGCACCUGUUAGAAAAAGAAGCCGAGUUUUUAAGAAAACUUUCCUUCAUAAGGAAUUGUAGAGCUCAUUGUUUUGAUGUUGAGAAAGUAUUAUUUUAUCAAGAGUGCAGGUUUGCUGAUGCAUUGUAUUUGAUAACAAAAGCUUUCACAUGAACAGGUGAAAAUAUAAAUUUUUUAUAUGUCACUGUAGGAGAGCAAUAUUUCAUUCUACUAGAUGUUAUUGUAGAAUUUUUUCUUCUGUUCUACUGGUUGUGUGUGUUGUAUGAACUAUUUAUCUGGGAGCAGACUCACUUAUUGGUCUGAGGUGCAUCAGACCAAUGGGAUUAUGUUUUGUCUUACUUCCAGUCUUCUAGGAUGGAGUUUUGUUUAAGUUGAGUGAAAUUUUGUCUUAGACUGCAGUAAGAAUGGAAAUCUAGCUCUGUCUGUAGUUGGUUGGUGGUGUGAGAGAACCACAACCCAGACCGCUGGAGGGAAACACGACUUACAAGCCAACUGAAUGGGUGCUAGAGAGCAGGUACCAGGCCAGACACUCUUGGUCCACCCCAGCAGGCAAGUUUGUGGGACUCUCACAGCCACCACUUGAGGUAGCAACAGUGUCAAGGAUGUCAUGUGUCAUCCUCACAGUUCAAAGACCUUCCUGAAUUCUUGGUACAAAAUUUUCUUCCCACCCAUCCUCACCUGCCACAGCAGAUCACCUUAGAAGGGACUAAAUUUUGCAGUUUUCAUCCUGGCCUAGCCAUUCCCUUUCCCUGAGGACUGGCAACGCACCCACAGAUCUCUGCUUCACUCUCCUUUCCCCCCCAUUGCCCCCCCACAUGCAUGUUGGCUCUCCUUCAAGUUACCCGACUCAGUGCUGUUGCUGAGGAGUGUACCAUCAGUAUUAGCUGCCACAACCUUUGUCAUGGAGUUUCCCUGCUAUCUUGCAUACUGGCAUAGGUUUUAUAUACUGUCUGGUGUGUUUCCCUAUCAUUAAACGUGGUUGAAAGCUGUGAUAUUCCUUGGUUUGAUCAUGCAGAUCUGUUGAAAAAUCAUAAUAAAGUUGUAAUAUAUAUA